UACUGCAGGCUCCGCUUACCGCUCUACACAGGAAUCAAAGGCCUUGUUUCACGUGUGAUGGCCGAGUCGUAAUCAUGCUGCUGUGCAGAUUACGGAGUUUUUCUUACAUGAUUGAGGGAGGAGUUACAUGUAGGGCAUGCUGGAAUAUGCAGCUUACAGCAAGGAGAACGUUUCUUUCGAAAACAAAAGAGGAAAAACAAGCAGCAAAGGAAAAGCGAAAGCAGGAACGAAAAGAACUUGUUGGAGAGAUAACUAAAGGUUAUUUUUCAGAUUUAAAAGAGCUUAAGCAAAGUGGUGGGAAGAGAUUCUUUGCAAAGGACAAACUCAUAACUGAAAAGGAUGCUUUAGUGUUUCCAGAAUUUCAAGCAAAGAACCUAAGAAAUAGGGUUAUAAACUUGAGGACAGAAUUCCCGGGCAGCACCACACUUGUUUUGAUGUGGCUUAGAGCAUAUGGACAGAUUAUGUGUUCAAAGUACAAAGAGAAUUUUACAAAGGAGUUUGCAGACCACCCAGAUGUCAAAUACUUUGAAGUGAAUGUUGUUGAGGGAUGGUUCUACAGAUUGCUAAAACCGUUUAUAGAGAAAAGUCUGAGGAGCCAGAUUCCAGUGAAAAAUCAAGGCAACUACUUGUGUUAUUUUGGUAAUACUGAACCCUUGAAGAAAGGACUAGUGGAGAAUGUGAUAGUGGGAUAUGCCUUCCUGGUCGACAGUCAGGGUAGGGUGCGAUGGAAGGCCCAUGGAACACCUACACAAGAAGAGCUACAAUACAUGACAGACUGCACAAAUAUGUUGAUAAAAGAUGUACAGAAAAGAAAAACAUGAAAGCUA